GAGCUCCAUCAAAACCACUGGAUGGCACUGUGUAUAGCAAUGAGGAUCUUCAUUGUUCUGUGCUUUCUGAUAUCAGAUGAAACCAUCAAAGCUGCAGUGGAUCCAGGUAAACUAAACCCUGGUGAUCUCCUUAGUUUCAGCCGCGGACUUUACGAGCAUUGGGCGGUGUUUGCUGGUGAUCUUCAAAUGGUUCAUGUGACUGGAAACAAGUCCAUAGCUGCAGAACGAUAUCUGAUGUCACUGGGGCCAGAUGAAGACCCAACUGAAGAUGGGUUUGAAGAGUUUAUGGCAGAACUCAUGAAUAACAGUACAUCAGGAAAAGAAUCAUCUCUUGUUGUCAUAAAGAAGGAGACAUUUGAAAUAGCGAGUGUUUCUGGAAUUGGCAAUGCGCAAUAUGAUAAUCGGCACCUGGCAAACUUCACUUUUAGUCCAUUUCCACCUGAUGAGAUCCUGAAUCGACUCAAUAAGUUUAUUAACAAGAGUUACCCUUAUAGCCUCCUGACACAGAACUGUGAACAUUUUGCCACGUUUGCCCGCUAUGGCAUAGCUAUUUCUGACCAGGGAGAAAAAGUUUUACAAAAGACAGAACAAAUUAGUCGUAUCAUCACCGCAACAAAGAAAUUAGAAGAUCUGAUGAAUAAGCCGGCAUCCUCAAUGUCGCCGGCUUUGCUAAUCGUGCAAUUAAAGAAAAGUCAAAGGGGAGGCAUGGAGAUGGAUACCCGAAUGGUCCUGCAUUGCCCAAGCCCCGGUUCUCAAACCGGUUCCCGGUCCUUCACAAAAUGGAACCAACUGAGUUUUUGAAAUCUCAGCCCAAGAGAUCUGGCACAGGUUCUAUGCUCCCUAAAAGCAAUGAAGUGAAAUGAAUAAUACAAAGCUACCGGGCAAACCUUAAAAGGAGUAUCGGCAAUGCCGCAAAACCAGCAAGAAUGUCAUAAAGAAUGGAAUCUUUAUCAAGUAAUAAUAUUUGUAGCUUUUGCUUACAAUGCUUGCAAUUUUAUUCAUAUAAUAAAUGUGUGACGAAGCAAACAGA